AUGAGGACCUUGAAGAGUACGCAGCUGUUGAGGAGGAGUCAUUUGAUGUGUGAAUUGUUCGCGAUAGUGGUCAGGGACGGUUCCGAGUCGGGUGGUGAGGAGCUGGAGAUGCCGGAGUUAUGGGAGCCGUUGCGUUACUCGGAAACGUCGAGUGCGAACGGACAGGAUGGAUUUUGGGAAGAGGGAUUGGAGGGAUUGGAGCUGGUAGGUGUGGAGCGGGAUGCGCGACUUGAUGGGUCGUUUGUGGAGUGGCAGCCGAGGUAUCUGGACGGGCUUGACAGCGUGGAGUCAGAGGGGGCUUUGGAUUUGGAGGGGGUUUUGGAACUGGACUGGGAUGGGGUGGAAUUGAACGGGGGUUUGGAAGAUGUGAAGUUGGACGAUGUGAAGUUGGACAGGGGUCUGGAGACGGUGAAGUGGGUCAAUUCACAAUGCAGCCCAACGGCGGAAGAGAAAAGAAAGCUACUAGCGAAAGAGAAAGCGAAGUGGUUUUGUGGGGGUACGAUGGUAGGUGGUAUGGCUGUUGGUCUGACAUUAGGAGGUUACAUACUGUGGCCUAUGAUCUCUAGGUCUGUCAAUGACGGAUAUUUGGAAGCGUUGUCUAGUAUAAGUCAAUGGUUAAAUCCGUCGGAUUAUGGUGUUUCUGCGGAAGUGUGUGCGGAGUUGGGCAACAAGAAAAGCAACUUUACUUUCACGACGCAGACCUUGCCCGAUGGGUGUAAUGGUGGUUCCGGAGGUCUCAUGUGUGCACACGCUACUAGGCAUGCCGCUAAGAUGAUUGAACGUGUAGGUUGUCACAUCUUUGAAGAUCGGGGAUCGAUGGUGUCUCUUUGGAACAGUCUCACACAACGUCCAGAUGUGAUAGGCUGUCAAAUCUAUUGCCAAUCACCACCACAGGAUGUAACACAGGAUGUAACACAGGAUGUAACACAGGAUGUAACACUCCCGAACAAGCAGAUCUCUUUCGCCACUCUAUUACAAGAUGUCAAUCAGGAAGUCUUUCCUCAAUAUAGACACCCCAACUGCUCCGGUACAGUCAACGAAGAACGUCGCGACAAGCAUUGCUUCUGUCAAUUCGCAUCCCUAACAUGCAAUAACACUACCAUACAUGCCUUCCGCAUCACUCCAUCCCAGCUGACUGACCGUGUCGUCAAUCAAGACCGUAGAAACUGUACGUACCUUUGCUACAAAACACACAACUUACCACCAGUCGAUCGUGUCGAUGACCAUACGGAAAGCUUGACGGGGACUUUUUGA